AUGGAGUCGCUGGUGGGGAGGAUUGUUGGCCUGAUGGGGGGGGCGGGAGCUGAGCCCGACCCCGAAGCCGAGCCAGGCCCCGAGGAGCGCGUCGCCGCCCGCCGCCGCCGCAUCGCCGAGCGCCUCGGGAACAAGGCCCGGGAGGAAGUUGAAGAAGAUGUGGAGCCAAAGGUGGAUGAGAAAGAGGAGGAAGAGCAGAGGAAGAGCCAUAAGCAGGUUGAGGAGAGCAGGCAGAGGCUGGCCAAGCUGCUCUUUGAAGGCACGCAGAUGGUGACCGACAUCCAGGUGUCUGCUGACUUGAGGGAAAUACAGAGGAGGACAGAUGAGGCAGAGCUGAAGCGGCAGAGGGUAGAGAGGCUGGAGAACGAAGCCAAAUCUAGCACAAGCAAGUUUGAGGAGAUCACGUCCAAAUGGGCCUCGGCCGAGGAGAUCAAGAUCCCGCAGGAGCUGUGGCAGCCGCUGAACCAACAGCAGCAGCACAGUGCCCUGCUUCUGGAGAGGAAGAACAAGCUCAUUGGUGACCUGCAGCAGGAGCUGAAAAACAAAGAAGAGCAGUACGUGCAGACCAUUAAGAAACAGUCAGAUGAUAUCCACCUGCUUUUGGAGAGGAUGGAGGAACAGAGCAGGUUCAUGCUGAAAAAUUUCCGUCAGCACCUCCUACAGAUUGAGGAAGCUUUUGAGGUUGAACGGCGAGAGCUGCUGGACAACAACAAGAAGAAGUGGGAGGAAAGCAUCCGGGCCCACAAGGCAAAGGAGAUGGAAUACCUACAGAACCGUAUGAGGAAAGUGGAAGAAUAUGAGAAACAGCUGGAGCAGCUGUGGGUGCAGGAUGAGGAGGAGUACAACAACAUGAAGCUCCUGCUGGAGAACGAUGUGCAGAACCUGGAGAAGCAGCUGCAGCAUAUGAAAGCUGUCUAUCAGCUGAACCAGGAGAAGCUGGAGUUCAACCUUCAGGUACUUAAGAAGCGAGAGGAGGAGAACACAAUCAUCAGAUCCCAGCAGAAGAGAAAGAUCAACAGGCUCUACAGCCUUCUCAGUGACCUGAAGACCAAACUGGCCAAACAAGAGAAGCAGUUCAGAGAGGAGAACCAGAGCCUGGCAGCUGUCUGCAAGCGCAUCAGGGAGCAGUGCAAGGACGUGCAGAGGAAGACAAGGCACUUUUCUGUCAGUGACGAGAAGAAGUUUGUGCAGGUCUGGCUGAUGAAUGAGGAGGAAGCCAAAGGGCUGAUGCGCAAAGUCCUCGAUGCCGAUCGUGUCAUUCACACCCAGCAACUGGGGCUGCCUUGGGAAGAGCCCCAGGCCUGGUUCCUGAACAACGUUGGUCCCCUUGGGUAUCCCAAAGCAAAGAGUAUGGAAACGGAGGUGGCUGCGGAGAUCCUGACAGAGAGCUGCUCUGGAGGACAGCAGGAGAGAGGGAGAGAGGAGGAGAAGGAAGCAGUGGGCAUUGGAGAAGGAGGAAGAGAAAACGCAGUGAAGGCUGAGGAUAGAUCCACACCUCUGGGAAGUGUCUGCAAGAAGACUGCCAGGAGGAUCCUGGACCUCGUGAAAGCUGAGUCGACCCUUGAGAUCGAUGAUGAGGAUGUCCAGAACGAGUUGGUGGAUUUUUUCCUGAAGUAUAAAGCCCAGGAGCUGGCUGCCAGCCAGAGCCAGGGCAGCCCAGGUGGAGAAGAUGUCAUGCAUCUGGCUGAAGACAGAGAACAUGGAUCUGGUGGCCUGAGGAAAGAGCUUGAAUCCCCUCAGAGCUUGCUGAGCUCUGUUCUGUCUGUGGAUAUCGAGCCUGAUGAUGUCCUGAAGAUCCUGAAAGCCUUUAUGAAGGAUUUUAGCAAGCUGAGGACCCCGAAGGUGAAGGAUGAAUUGGUGAAGGAGGUGAAACCGGUACGGGACAGCUCGAAGGAUGAGGAGUACUGGGAAGCCCUGGCACACAUUCUCCCUGAGAGCACAUUGAAGCUGUGGGACGCGCUGACGCUCGCGCUGGAGGAAUAUUACGAGGUCCUGAUGCACCGGGCCAACUUGCUGGCCGAAGUGGCCACCCUGCGGCAGCAGAACGUGGAGCUGUGCCUGCUCCUGAAGGAGUACCUCACCUCUGGUGCCAUGGAGAACGGAGCCAACCCCUCUGCCAGCAGCUCGGUGGCUUCGCCCUCAUCCACCUUCAAGGAGGAACUGCUGUGCCCCAUCUGCUACGAGCCCUUCCGGGAGGCUGUGACGCUUGGCUGCGGCCACAACUUCUGCAAGGGUUGCGUGAGCCGUUCCUGGGAGCACCAGCAGCACGUGUGCCCGGUCUGCAAAGAAGCUUCCUCCUUGGAUGACCUGCGCCUCAACCACACGCUCAACAACCUGGUGGAGAUGAUCCUCAGGGAGGAAAAGCAGCGGCGGGGCCGGGCGGCCACCCUCUGUCCCCUGCAUCACGAGGAAGCCAAACUUUUCUGCUUGGAAGACAAGGAGCUGGCGUGCUUUGUCUGCCAGAGCUCCAAGCCACACGAAGGGCACAAGAUGAGGCCGGUGCAGGAGACGGCGGCAGAUUUCAGGGCCAAGCUGAAGAACAUGGAGACCACCCUGCAGGAGAAGGCCAAGGACUUUGCGGCCGUGCACCGCUCCUACGAGUCCAUCUCCAAACACAACCAGGUGGAAGCAGUGCGGCUGGAGGAGAAAAUUGGGAAGGAAUUUGAGAAGCUGCAUGAGUUCCUGCGGGACGAGGAAAAGGCUUUGGUGGCCAAGCUGCAGGAGGAGGCUCGACAGAAACGUGGCCUCAUUGAGGACAAGAUGAAGCAGCUGGCAGAGGACAGCCAAGCCCUGCUUGACGAAGCCCACCAGCUCCAGGAGGACCUCAAGGAAGAUGACUACACCUUCCUAAUGACCCACAAGAACCGCAAGCGCAGGAUUGCAUGCACUGCUGAGGAGCCGGAGCCUGUAACUUCAGGUCUGGUCCUCGACGUUGCCAAGUACCUGGGCUCAUUGCGGUACAAUGUGUGGAAAAAGAUGUUGGACGUCAUCACUGUAGUCCCCUUCAGCUUCGACCCCAACUCGGCAGCGGGCUACCUGUCGGUGUCCGAGGACCUCACCAGCGUCACCAACAGCGGCUACAAGCUCCUGGUGGAGAACCCUGAGCGCUUCACCUCGGCCCCCUGCCUCCUGGGCUCCCGCGGCUUCUCCACCGGCUUCCACACCUGGGAGGUGGACCUGGAUGGGCUGGUGAACUGGCGCGUGGGGGUGGCCAAGCCGCCCGGUGGCACCCACUGGACCUUCCACCACCACGCUCGCUCCGGUUGCUUGCCCGGAAAAGACGGCGAGAAGUGCCAUGCGUCCAACGCGGGGCGGUCGGAGGCGGGGUCGGGAGACCUGAAACGGGUGCGGGUGGAGCUGGACUGCGACGAGGGGGAGCUCUCCUUCUACGACCCCGAGCGCAAGGCCCACAUCUACACCUUCCACGAGAAGUUUGGUGGCACUGUCUUCCCUUACUUCUACGUGGGGGGGACACCGGUGGGCAGGCUGCCUGUAGCCCUCCGCAUCUGUCCCCUCCAGGUCCGCAUCCACGAGGACGUCCCCCUUUAG